AACUGAUUUCUCUUAAAGUUGAUGCUGCAUCGAGAAUGAACAGAGGGUUCCUUGGUAUAAAUUUACAAUAUUUUUUUGAUGGUCAUAUUAAACUAAGAACUAUUGGUUUAUUAGAACUCACUGAAGCCCACACUGGAAUUUAUUUAAAAGAUGUGAUACUUGAAACAUUAAGCAAAUAUGGAGUACACCCAAAGCAAUAUAUACCAUCACAUCGGACAAUGGUGCUAAUAUGAUAAAAGCUGUAGAUUUAGUUGAAAAAGAAGCAUUUAUUGAGUUAGAAAAUGAGCCAGAGUCCAUGCUGUCUAGUUCAAAAGAAAAAACAAAUUCUAAUCAAGCAGAUGAUACUUUUGACAGUGAUAAUGAUAGUGAUUAUGAAAAUACAGACUUAGGUAAAAUAAAUAAUGAUGAUAUCAAUGAUUUACUUGAUAUAGUUGAUAACAAUGAAUAUGAUGACCUGGUCGAAACAGAUUCGGAACAACAAAAUGAGUACUGUGAAGCUAUUCUUCUUAAUAUUGAGUCUCAAUGUGUUGGAGAUAUUUCAAUUUUUACUGGUAUGAGAUGUGUUUCACAUACAUUACAACUGGCAGUCAUUGAUUGUUUAAAAGAAGCCAGUGUCAAUGCAGUUUUGAACAAAGUCAGAGCCCUUGUAAAAAAACUACGGAAUCAAACUUACAUGUAUUUAAUUAAAAAAGAAAAACUUAAGACUCCAAUUCUUGAUUGCUUAACAAGAUGGCAUUCAACCUGUGAUAUGUUGGAAAGAGUACAGGAUUUAAAAGUGUUCAUCAAAAACAUGUCUGCAAAUGAUAAAAAGCUAAAAUCAUUUUGUCUAAAUUCCAAUGAAUGGCAGCAUGUCGAAACAAUUUUUAAAGCUUUAUUACCAGCCAAAAUAUGCACAAAGAAUCUACAAAGUGAACAGCUUACUCUUACAGACUUUUAUGGAGAGUGGAUUGCAUGCAAAUUCAAAACGGAAGCACAAAAUUCAUCGUUUGCUCAAAAAUUAUUGCAGUUUAUGAUUUCCAGAGAAAAGUUCAUACUCAAUAAUAAAGUUUUUGUUUCUGCUAUCUUCUUGGACCCGCGAUACAAAAUAACAUUAAACGAAGAACAGUGUUUAAUUUCCAUAGAACAUUUAAUAAAAGUUUGGAUUCAGUUAAACAAAUUGCAGAGUGAUGAUAAUGAUAAUUAUGAUAUAGACUUAAAUAAUCAAACUUCUAUAGAUGAACAUUUUGAUAACUCUGAUUCGGACUCAACAGAUGAAGUAGAGCAGUUCUUGAAGUCCAAGUCUACCGAGAUAGAAACAUUAGAAACAUUAGAAAUAAAUUCUUCACAAACAUCUGUCAUAUUCACACAAAUUGAAACUAUACUGAAGAAUUAUAAUAUUCAUCAAAAACGAAUAAAUUAUAAAACUGAUAUACUCAAAUUUUGGAAAAGUAUGGAAUAUACUCAUCCGGAAUUGUAUCAAUUAGCUAGUGUUGUAUUUUGUGUGCCUGCGACUCAAGUCAGUGUUGAAAGACUUUUCUCAGGUUUAAAAUUUGUGCUGUCUCCAUAUAGAACUAAUAUUAGCUCCAAACAUUUGGAAGACCAGUUACUGAUACGUACUAACAAACUUUUUGAAAAAAAAGAAAAACGACUACAGAUAUCUGAAUUGGAAACAAACACAUCAAUCAAACGUAAAAAAAAAUAGAUUAUAAUAUAUUGUAAUAUUAUUAUCAUUAUUAUUAUUAUUUUUUAUUUUUGUAUGUUUCUUAAUAUAUUACAAUAAGUAUAUUGUCUAUUAAGUAUUAAGUUUUUUUCUAGCAAAACACUUUUCUGGUCUGUACAAACCACAAAAUAUAAAUGUUACAAAUUACAAUAUAUUUUAUACUAUAUAGUAUAUACCCACCUACCUACAAUGGCUAUAACAAAAUAUAACAAUAGCCAGUGUCAA